GAAAGGCGUUUGCUGUGGGUGAGGCCACUUCCUUUAGCUGCUGAUUCCUGUCUUUCGCACAGUCUCUUCUUCUUCUUUUUCUUCAGCACAAACUUCGAGGAGUUCUCGCAGCUUUCAGCCAAGGCAGCGUCCCAGGACCUGACCACUUCAACAUGCCCCCAAAGAGGAAGUCGGCUGCCACCAAAUCAAAUUCCAAGCAGAGGAAGGUCAAAGUUGAGCCGGAGGAAGAUAACGUCAAGUCCGCUGUUGAAGCUCUAAAAGCUGCUCCGAGUGUCAAGGCUAAAGCUAAGAUAGACGAGCACUGUCCUCUGAGCACUGACACGUCGGCUAAGAUUCAUGAGGACUACGACUGCAUGUUGAACCAAACCAACAUCGGAAACAAUAACAACAAGUUCUACAUCAUCCAGCUGAUCGAACUCAAUGGCUCAUACUACUGUUGGAACCGCUGGGGUCGAGUGGGAGAAGUUGGCCAAAGUAAACUGGGCUCUCCAGUUGCCCUGAAUGCCGCUGUGAAGGAUUUUGAAAAGAAGUUCAAAGACAAGACCAAGAAUGACUGGGUGAACAGAGACUCCUUUGUGGCACACCCUGGAAAAUACACCAUGAUUGAAGUCCAACAGGGCUAUGAGGAAGCGACGAUUGUGAAGAAUGACACUGUGGAUGGAAGCACAGCAGUGAGUAAGAAAGUCAAACCUUGCACUUUAGACAAGCCGACUCAGGAGCUGGUCAGUCUCCUCUUCAGUCAUGAUAUGUUCAAGGAGCAGAUGCAAACCAUGAACCUGGAUGUGAAGAAGAUGCCUCUUGGAAAGUUGAGUAAACAGCAAAUUGCCAAGGGUUUUGAUGCACUGGAUGAGAUUGAGGCAGCCUUGAAGCCAUCUCCCAACAGAAAGCAGCUGGAGGAGCUCUCCUCGAAGUUCUACACCAUCAUCCCUCACUACUUCGGACGCAAUAGACCCCCAGUGAUUGAUACUUCGGAAGUGAUCCAGGCCAAAAGAGACAUGCUACUGGUGCUUGCUGAUAUUGAGCUCGCCCAGAGUCUUCAAGCUGAGAAGGAGCAGAAAAUCAAGACAGAAAUUAUCAAGGAGGUUUCCCAUCCUCUGGAUGAAGAUUACAACCUGCUGAAGUGUGACCUGCAAUUGUUGGCACCCAAUUCUGAAGAAUUCCAGUUGAUAAAGAAGUACGUGGAUGUGACUAGAUGCAGCUACAGGCCAGUGAAAAUUCAAAGCAUUUGGAAAGUGGACCGGGACGGUGAGGGGACACGCUUCAAGACCCAUGAUAACAUUGAGAACCGGCGCCUCCUGUGGCAUGGGACUAACAUUGCGGUUGUUGCUGCCAUUCUGAAAACAGGCCUACGCAUCAUGCCCCACUCAGGGGGCCGCGUUGGAUGUGGAAUCUAUUUUGCAUCAGAAAACAGCAAGUCGGCAGGAUACGUUGGUUUUACAUCCAAAGGUGUUGGUGUCAUGUUCCUGUCAGAAGUGGCUCUGGGGAAAGAGCAUUCCAUCUUCCAAAACAACAGCCGGCUGAAGUCAGCUCCCAAAGGCUUCGACAGUGUAGUGGCCCGUGGCACCACAGAACCAGAUUGUUCUCAGGACAAGGAGUUCAUUUUUGAAGGGAAGAAAGUGAUGGUGCCUCAGGGGAAACCGGUGAAUAUGAAUCUGCAAAGCCACUUUAGCCAGAGCGAGUAUGUCAUCUACAAGGAGAGCCAGGCUCGUCUUCGCUAUUUGUUACAAGUAAAGCACUGAGCAGCCCUGCAGUGUGGGAAUCCAGCUCGUUUUCCAGAAAGCGCCUUCACCUAUGGGUCAAUAUCAUGUUUACUUUCUGUGGUUGGUUAAUGCCACUGCACUCUGCUGGCACUGGCUUCUUUAACUAUUAAUGCUUCUAUGCACAGCAGACUCUGGUAAUUUUAAGGAUCCUUUAUCUGAGGAAUAUGAGAUGAAACUGAAUCUGAAAAUGCUUUGGGUUUUGGGGUCCUCUUCCAUUAAGUCUGCAGGCAUUUUGACUUCAGUUGUACCUACAGUGUAGCCGUAGGAUUAUAGCUAGAUUUUGACUGAAACUAUCACCAUCAUGUUGUCGCUGGCUUUAAAUGGUGGAUAAUGACUAACAUGUGCAUUACAGCCCCUGGCCCAUUCGUCCUUUACUAGAAACUGCUGUUGGUGUCAAAACAAUGAGGAGAACCGAUAGGCAUCAAACUUUACCGAAUCACUACCAGGCCCCACUGACAAACACCCUGAACUGACAGGCCUACGCCCAGGCCCCUCUCACUGGGCCACAAUGAGUAACUCAUCGAAAGGCUGCGCCCCUGGGCCUGUCUCUCCAGCUCCACUGUAUAACUUGCUGAACUGACAGGCCUCAAACUCUACUCAAUCCUUACCAGGUCCCACUGACAAACACCCUGAACUGACAGGCCUACCCCUAGGCCUCUCUCACUGGGCCACACUGAGUAAUUCAUCGACAGGCUGUCCCCCUGUGCCUUUCUCUCCAGGCUCCAUGAAUAACUGACUGUACUAGCAGGCCUAGCCCCUACGCUUUGCUCAAGGGGCCACACUGAGUAACUCACUGAACUGACAGGUCUAGGGCUAAGCCUGUCUCCAGGCUCCUUUGAGAAACUCACUGACAGGCCUAGCUCCUAGGCCUCUGUCUCCAGGCCACACUAAGGAACUCGUAGAACUGAGAGAUUGCUUGGUUAGGCCUCCCUCGUGGGCCACGUUGAUAUGAGUGGGCUACUGCGGCUCGAGAUCUGUCCCGUGCAGGCUGGGCUACUUUGGGAAAUGGUGGAAGAACGAUUUUUGUUGACAGCACAAAAGCUGGACAUGCCCCUCAUUGGUAGAAGCAACUUGCCUCUCACUUGAUCCUCAGUAAGACUUUGACUUGCCUUUCAUCCCACCCUGCUUGGUUAUGGUGCGUUUUCUUAGGAAUCAGUCACUGUGUUCCCUUGCAACAUCCCACAGGCUCAACAGGAGACCUGCAACUUACUGAAAUACAGAAAACGAAGAAUGAAACGCCACUCUCCCACCAUUCAGACACAUUCAGCUGCAAAUGUUUUUGCUGAUAAAUUUGAACACUGGCUGUCCCAUUAGUCAAUCCAUCUUGCAAGGGCUGUACUAAGUGUCUCAAGCCAAGUAGACAGACUGCUCCCAUCUGAACUGGUGCCUGGUACGAACUGCUAUAGAACCCCUUUGCAAGACGGCUCCUCCUCAUUGUAGGAUGUGGGUAGGACAGUGCAGCCCAAGCCUUAGACUGGAGUCUGUGUGAUUGAUGUAGCUCACAGAGAUGAUGAAAGUUUGCUUCCUCUACUUCAUUGGAGAUUGUCACUUUAUGGCGGGCUCACUCCCAGGGCCUGUGCAGGCUGAAGCUGAGGUCAAAUCUGCUGCAGUUAGCUGGAGGGGGAGUGGAGGGUAAAAAUUUCCUGUCAUCCUGAGCUGAAAGCGAGUGUGAAAGGCAGCGGGGUUUCGAUAGUAGAUCUGACUGCACACUCUCACUGUGUAAGACAUCAAUCUGAGGCUGCUUUAGGGGAGAAUCCAUGAUGCAGAACAAUCUCUAAUACUUGACGCUGUGACUCUAUUAGAAGCUGAGAUUCACCAUACACUGUGGAAGAUUUUUGAUGUAAUAGAAUGUAUUCUCAGGGUUGAUCAUUGUUACCCAAGUGUUUACCAGAUGGUCCCGGUUUGCACUAUUAAAGGAUUGUUAUUCUGCAUGCUACACUAAACCGAA